AUGUAUUCUUUUGACUAUAAAUUUAAAGGUUAUGGCCCUGUUGGUGAUGGCCCUUUAGAUUGUGGCCAUUUAGAUUGUGGCCCUGUAGGUUAUGGCCCUGUAGGUUAUGGCCCUGUUGGUGAUGGCCCUUUAGAUGAUGGCCCAGUUGGUGAUGGCCCUGUUGGUGAUGGCCCUGUAGGUGAUGGCCCUGUUGGUGAUGGCCCUGUUGGUGAUGGCCCAUUAGAUUGUGGCCCUGUUGGGGAUGGCCCUUUUUGUUAUGACCCUGUAGGUGAUGGCCCUGUUGGUGAUGGCCCUGUAGGUGAUGGCCCUGUUGGUGAUGGCCCUUUAGAUGAUGGCCCAGUUGGUGAUGGCCCUGUUGGUGAUGGCCCUGUUGGUGAUGGCCCUGUAGGUGAUGGCCCUGUUGGUGAUGGCCCUUUAGAUGAUGGCCCAGUUGGUGAUGGCCCUGUUGGUGAUGGCCCAGUUGGUGAUGGCCCAUUAGAUUGUGGCCCAGUUGGUGAUGGCCCUGUUGGUGAUGGCCCUGUUGGUGAUGGCCCAGUUGGUGAUGGCCCAUUAGAUUGUGGCCCUGUUGGUGAUGGCCCAGUUGGUGAUGGCCCUUUAGAUUGUGGCCAUUUAGAUUGUGGCCCUGUAGGUUAUGGCCCUGUAGGUUAUGGCCCUGUUGGUGAUGGCCCUUUAGAUGAUGGCCCAGUUGGUGAUGGCCCUGUUGGUGAUGGCCCUGUAGGUGAUGGCCCUGUUGGUGAUGGCCCUGUUGGUGAUGGCCCAUUAGAUUGUGGCCCUGUUGGGGAUGGCCCUUUUUGUUAUGACCCUGUAGGUGAUGGCCCUGUUGGUGAUGGCCCUGUAGGUGAUGGCCCUGUUGGUGAUGGCCCUUUAGAUGAUGGCCCAGUUGGUGAUGGCCCUGUUGGUGAUGGCCCUGUUGGUGAUGGCCCUGUAGGUGAUGGCCCUGUUGGUGAUGGCCCUUUAGAUGAUGGCCCAGUUGGUGAUGGCCCUGUUGGUGAUGGCCCUGUUGGUGAUGGCCCAGUUGGUGAUGGCCCUGUUGGUGAUGGCCCUGUUGGUGAUGGCCCAGUUGGUGAUGGCCCAUUAGAUUGUGGCCCAGUUGGUGAUGGCCCUGUUGGUGAUGGCCCUGUUGGUGAUGGCCCAGUUGGUGAUGGCCCAUUAGAUUGUGGCCCUGUUGGUGAUGGCCCAGUUGGUGAUGGCCCUUUAGAUGAUGGCCCAGUUGGUGAUGGCCCUGUUGGUGAUGGCCCUGUUGGUGAUGGCCCUGUUGGUGAUGGCCCAUUAGAUUGUGGCCCUGUUGGUGAUGGCCCAGUUGGUGAUGGCCCUUUAGAUGAUGGCCCAGUUGGUGAUGGCCCUGUUGGUGAUGGCCCUGUUGGUGAUGGCCCAGUUGGUGAUGGCCCAUUAGAUUGUGGCCCUGUUGGUGAUGGCCCAGUUGGUGAUGGCCCUUUAGAUGAUGGCCCAGUUGGUGAUGGCCCUGUUGGUGAUGGCCCUGUUGGUGAUGGCCCUGUUGGUGAUGGCCCAUUAGAUUGUGGCCCUGUUGGUGAUGGCCCAGUUGGUGAUGGCCCUUUAGAUGAUGGCCCAGUUGGUGAUGGCCCUGUUGGUGAUGGCCCUGUUGGUGAUGGCCCAGUUGGUGAUGGCCCAUUAGAUUGUGGCCCUGUUGGUGAUGGCCCAGUUGGUGAUGGCCCUUUAGAUGAUGGCCCAGUUGGUGAUGGCCCUGUUGGUGAUGGCCCUGUUGGUGAUGGCCCUGUUGGUGAUGGCCCAUUAGAUUGUGGCCCUGUUGGUGAUGGCCCUUUUGAUGAUGGCCCAGUUGGUGAUGGCCCUGUAGGUGAUGGCCCUGUUGGUGAUGGCCCUAUUGGUGAUGGCCCUUUAGAUGAUGGCCCUGUUGGUGAUGGCCCUGUUGGUGAUGGCCCUGUUGGUGAUGGCCUUGUAGGUGAUGGCCCUUUUGAUGAUGGCCCAGUUGGUGAUGGCCCUGUAGGUGAUGGCCCUGUUGGUGAUGGCCCUGUUGGUGAUGGCCCUGUAGGUGAUGGCCCUGUUGGUGAUGGCCCUAUUGGUGAUGGCCCUAUUAUCAAUGGCACAUUACUAACACUAGCUCGUGCUUUCUAUAAAUAG